GGAGGCGGGGCCGAGGAGGAGCCACGGCGCCGUACGGUCCCCGCAGCCCGCUACUCGCAACGUGUAAACAGUGCCCGCCGGGAGGUGCCCGGGGACCGCGAGGGAGCUGGAGCCGCCCGGCCCAGGCCCGCGCCCGGCGUUGCCGCCCUCCUGUCCGCAGAACCCGCGCCGCGCGGAGCCAAGCGCAGCGCUUCGCUGCCGCCCCGGGAGGAGGGCGCCGGAGGAGAAAAAGGAGGGAGGGAGGGGGGCGGAGGGAGCGGAGGAAAGCAGCGAGCGCCGAGGGUGAGGGAACGGCGGCGGGCGAGGCGGGCGAGGAUGGAUUUCCAGCAGCUGGCUGAUGUUGCGGAUAAAUGGUGCUCCAACACGCCCUUCGAUCUCAUCGCCACCGAGGAGACCGAGCGCAGGAUGGAUUUCUAUGCCGACCCCGGGGUCUCCUUCUACGUGCUGUGUCCGGACAACGGCUGCGGGGACAAUUUUCACGUGUGGAGUGAGAGUGAGGACUGCCUGCCUUUCUUGCAGCUAGCGCAGGAUUACAUCUCCUCCUGCGGCAAGAAGACACUCCAGGAAGUCUUGGAAAAAGUCUUCAAGUCUUUCAGACCUUUGCUGGGGCUUCCUGAUGCAGACGACGAUGCGUUUGAAGAGUACAGUGCAGACGUGGAAGAGGAGGAGCCAGAGGCGGACCACCCUCAAAUGGGGGUCAGUCAGCAGUAGAGCUCCGCGGGCUGGCACCUGAGAAGACGAGUGAGCCCCGCGGUUCCUAGGUGGGGUCACGUGCUCCUGGGUUAGCAUUUUGCAUUAGCACUUGGAAACAGGACACCUGGCUCCCAGCAUCCAAAUUAAAAUGAAGUACCUUUUAACGACCACAAAAUAUCUGUGAUGAGCUUUGCUCGGAAGUGACCUGAAUUUUGCUCCUGCUUCAGUGGGGUUUCUAUGGAGUUGUCUCAGUAGCCUUUGCCAUUUUAAAUUUAGAGUCCAUUUUGUGGCUGACUAUUCUCUUGAGUUUAUGUUGAAGAAUUAACAUUUGCUAACUUGAAUGUAGAGAACUCUGAAUGUAUUGAGGGUAUGUUUUGAGUCCUCACUGGUGACCUUACUGAGGGGAAGCGUGGCAGAGAAGAAAUGCAGUCUGCACUUUUUAUGUAGCUUUUAAGUGUCCAUAAGUGAAAAGUUUUGCUUAUAAAGCGUGCAUUUUAAUAUCUAGUCAUUAAACCACACAAGUGCAAAUACAAGGGCAGAAAAGGAUAAUCACUUGGCUUUGGAUUAAGAGGGUAAGAGAUGCAGAGCAGCCUUUGUUCAGGUGUUCUGCCACUACUAAAUUACCUGGGUGUGUAGCAACUGGUUCAUGGUUAGGUGUAAACAUUUCUUGGGAUGUUCAGUUAUUUAAAAACAGGCUAAGUCCAAAGCCAUUUUAAAAAAAUUUAACAGUGGAAAAUAUAAAUGAGAUGAAAGACAUAAAUUACUGAUUUCUUUAAAAUGUUUAUUUAUAAACUGUCCCACAUAUGAAAUAAAACAUUUACCUUUUGUCUUUAUAACGAGAUGGCAACUUGUUAAUUCAUGAAAACAUCCAGAAUCCAAGUGCCACUUAAACUUUGAAGCCAUAGAUAGAUACAUUUAAUAGAAAAAUAAACUGAGAUAAAACUUUUUGAAAAUAUGAUGGAAACUCUUUUUACAUUCUUCAUCUGUCUUUUAUUCUUUAAAAAAUAAAAUAGACAAGAAAAGGAUCCCACUAUAUGAUUUAUUUAAAAAUAGGAAUCAGGUACUUCGAAGAAGCUAAUUUCAGUGACUUCUCAAAGCAACAUGAAAGUAGGAAUCCUUUAAUUGUGGAUUGGCUUGGUUAAAAGGAGAAGUUUUAAUAAUCAAAACAUUCAAGACAACUCACAGAAAUAACUACUAAACUAACUAGAAACACUGCUGUCAUCAUGUAGCCAACAAAUACUUACUGGGGAAAUUCUAAAAUGGAAUCGUUUAAAACGCUCGUUUUCUUGGACCCUUCCCCAACUUGGGUUCUGAUGCAGAAUGCCUCUUUUACAACACUUGACCAAACGUAGCAUCUGGGGCGGGAACGUGUUCAGCAUGCCCACACAUGCCUGUGAGAUUGUUAGCGUUCUGAAUUAAAAAAAAAAAAAAAAUGCAGAGGCCACAGAGCUUAUGGGAGUCUUGUAUAU